AUGGACCCCAAUCUUGCAAUAGUCCACGGCCCCAAAGAGCCCGCCUUGUGGACGAAAACACUCGGGAAUUUUAUUGAUGAGCAAGCCGCUUCGUUCGGCGAGCGACCCUGUGUCAUAUUUCCAUGGCAAUCCGUACGACUGUCAUAUGGCCAACUGGCCGAUCGCAGCAAGGUGCUUGCCAAAGCCAUGCUUGAGAUGGGUCUUCGGCAUGGAGACUGCGUUGGAAUCAUGGCUGGCAAUUGCUAUCAAUACAUCGAGGUUUUUCUUGGGGGUGCUAGGAUUGGGUGUCCUGCUGUUGUAUUGAACAAUACAUAUACACCCAGUGAGCUUCAGAAUGCCACGAGCAGGAGUGCCUGCAAGCUUGUUUUUAUCGCGUCAACGAUUGGUAGCCGGGAUUUGUCUGGCCAUAUCAAAGCCCUGGUCGGCAGUUCUUCACAAAAAUCCAUGCUACCGGAGCUGCGGCGAGUGGUCUACCUUGGAAAUGGUGCUCUCGAGCAAGGUGGUGUUGAGAUGCAGUCCUAUAGCACAUUCACCUCCAACGGACAUUCCGUCUUUAUGAAUGAUCGUGUCCUCAAGCGAGCGGAGAAUGGGGUCACUCCAGAAGAUGUUCUCAACUUACAAUUCACUUCUGGUACCACCGGUUCUCCCAAAGCGGCCAUGUUGACGUCUAACAACCUGCUAAACGAUGCUCGCUUCGUGGGCGAUGCUAUGGCACUCACUCCGGAAGACGUGAUAUGCUGCCCACCACCUCUGUUCCACUGCUUCGGCCUGGUCCUCGGAUUCCUCGCAUCAUUCACCCAUGGAAGUUCCAUUGUCUUUCCAUCAGACUUCUUCGAUGUAAAGCGCGUCGUCGACGCUAUCGUCGAUGAAGAUGCUACAGUCCUUCUAGGUGUUCCAACAAUGUAUGUCUCUGAACUAGAAGUCAUGGCGAAAACCGGCCAACGACCACGCCGACUACGCACCGGGUUAGCCUCUGGAUCAGCCGUAUCACAAGGUCUGAUGAAUGAGUUGCGGGCCAAGAUGGGUGUGGAGAAAAUGCUGAUUGCGUAUGGAAUGACUGAAACAAGUCCUGUUACGUUUAUUACUUCGCUGGAGGAUUCGGAUGAGAAGGGGACUACGACUGUGGGGAGAGUCAUUCCGCAUACGGCGGCGAAGGUUAUCGGAAAGGAUGGAAGGGUUUUGCGAAGGGGUGAGAGGGGGGAACUUUGCACAAGUGGGUUUGCGUUGCAGAAGGGGUAUUUGGGUAAUGAGGCGAAGACAAGGGAAGUGAUGAGGAGGGAUGAAGAUGGGGUGUUGUGGAUGCACACUGGAGAUGAGGCGUUGUUGGAUAAGGAUGGGUACGCGCAGAUUACGGGUCGGAUUAAGGAUAUUAUUAUUCGGGGAGGGGAGAAUAUCUUCCCACGAGAAAUUGAGGAACGCAUUAUGCUGCACCCCGCAAUUAGUGAAGCAAGCGUUGUGGGUAUCAAAGAUGAGCGAUACGGUGAAGUUGUGGGAUGUUUCCUGAAAGGGGUCGAAAGAGCUUCUAGAGUCUCGGACUUAGAGGUGAAACAAUGGGUCGGGCAACAGAUGGGCCGUCAUAAGACGCCGCAGUACAUAUUUUGGAUUGGCGAUGCUGGAGUUGGAGAUGACUUUCCCAAGACAGGAAGUGGAAAGCACCAGAAGCACAUUCUCCGGGAUAUUGGGAACAAGUUGAUUGGGCUUGGUAGAGUCAAGGCAAAGCUAUAG